AUGGCCCCACUGGUGUCGCCGCUGGCACAGAGCGAGUCGAAGCUCAAGUUAUUCCAGCGGCUAGGUCUUGAUCCCAAAGAUCGCGUUCACAAGCGCGUGUAUGCUCUCAUGAAGCUGGAGGCUGCUGGUGCUCGGAAAAGGCUGCUGGAGAGCCAAGAACAUAGCACUGCGCAGAUUCACGAGGCAGCAUGGCGGCGAGAAGUUCUGCGCAUCUAUGACGAGGCCUGCGUCGAGACGAAAGCGGUAUAUCGUUUUGGCCACGACACCGAGAAUAGCAUGGAGCCGGAUAAUUGGAUCAUUCGGUGGCUCUUGUGGCAAUACAGGGAUCACAGGAACAAGGGUCGCGCGACGAGCACGUCAGCAGCUUCUAGCCACAGCUCGAGCUAUGGCGACGACAAUCACGACAGCGAUAUCACUACCAAUGGUGCGAGAGUUGAGAAUCAGGAAGAAGGGACGCAUCCCAAGUCGACCACGAGCGCAGCUCCAAACCACUCCUCGCAGUACUGGGAUCCCGUUCGCGAACGAUGGCAACGUUGA